UCGCUCCUCAUCUCCUUGUUGCCUCGAGUGCGCAGAGCCUUCUCCCAAGACCUGUACCCUGUGCCACGUUUGCGUUGCACCGUUUCACUGCACUCUUGACGCGCAAGACCCUCAUCAGUCAGCGGCGCUAGCCCGCCCAUCAUUGUAACCUCAACCACAACUCUGCUCCCACCCCCGAUCGCCGCAUCUCUUCCUCGACCUCCGCCACCGCCAAUUCCCUCUCCUUCCCUCCCUCUCUCUCUCUCCCUCUCCCUCCCUUCUACUUCUCCACAGUCCCUCGUUAGCUACCACCUCCCACAACCAUGUCUCAAGACGAAAAGGUGAGGUCCUCAGUCGAGGCCUCCCGCGACACUGCUCUGCCAGUCCUGCCCACCGUCAACCCCGAUGCGCAAAAGUCCGCACCUGAGCCGCCGACCUUCCAUCCCGCCGUCUACAUUGCCACAUGGAUCACGCUCAGCUCCAGCACAAUCGUCUUCAACAAGUACAUCCUCGACACGGCCAAGUUCCACUUUCCAAUCUUCCUUACAACAUGGCAUCUGGUCUUUGCGACUAUCAUGACGCAAAUCCUCGCUCGCUUCACCACGAUCCUCGACUCAAGAAAGAAGGUGCCCAUGAACGGCCGUGUCUAUCUGCGAGCUAUUGUCCCUAUUGGUAUCUUCUUCAGCAUGAGUUUGAUCUGCGGUAACCAGGCCUACCUGUACCUGAGUGUGGCCUUUAUCCAGAUGCUCAAGGCUACUAUGCCCGUCGCUGUCUUGCUUACUACCUGGGGUCUCGGUGUCUCGCCUGUCAAUCUGAAGACGCUUGGAAACGUGUCCUUCAUUGUCAUUGGUGUCGUUGUUGCCUCGAUGGGUGAAAUCAAGUUUGUUAUGACUGGUUUCCUGUUCCAGGCCGCUGGUAUCGCUUUCGAAGCUAUCCGCUUGGUCAUGGUCCAGCGUCUGCUCAGCGGUGCCGAUUUCAAGAUGGACCCCCUCGUCUCCCUCUACUACUACGCCCCCGCCUGCGCUGUUAUCAACGGUGCCAUCUUGCUCUUCACUGAGCUUCCUUCGAUGACCAUGGCUGACAUCGACCGCGUCGGUCUCUUCACCCUGUUGGCUAACGCCUCCGUUGCAUUCUUGCUCAAUGUUUCGGUCGUCUUCCUGAUUGGCAAGACCUCGUCGCUCGUCCUCACUCUGUCCGGUGUACUCAAGGACAUCCUCCUCGUCUUCGCCUCCAUGUUCCUCUUCAAGGACCCCGUCAGUCUCCUCCAGGCCUUUGGUUACAGCAUUGCGCUCGGUGGCCUCGUUUACUACAAGCUUGGUGGUGAGAAGCUCAAGGAGUACCUUGGCCAGGGCAGCAUGAAGUGGCAAGAGCUUGGUCACAGCAGGCCUGUUCUCCGCAAGCUCAUGGUUUUCUCCGCCGUCAUCAUCUCCAUGUUCUUCAUCUUUGGCUCCCUUGGACCACGCUAUGCUCCCGAGUCGACCAACCAGGUCUACAACGGUAUCGGCAAACUCAUUGGCGACAAGGCUGUAUAAAGCGUUUUUUCAAUAACCAGUGCACGCUAUCAAAAGUCUUACGCACGCCUGUCGAUGCACUUUACUACAACGUCGCGCCUUCUUCUUCUUCUUUUCUUGUCUUUUUAUUGUCAACUUGGAGCAGGCUCGAGGUGUAUGGUGCUUGGUAUGAUACAUAUAGACUAGUGGGUUUCUCUCAGCCUGAGUGAGCCUGCUUUGGGAAGCUCGUUGAUUCAGGAUGGAGCUUUGGGCACAAUAGGGAAACGAUGAAGUGAUGCGUUUUUGUCGGAUAUAGAUCUUGCAGGCAUUCACAGCGACUGCGAGCGAAAGGUAUAUACCUUCUAGCCACAUAAUGAUAAUGCUUGUGAAGCAA